AAAAUCCAACUAGUUGGUCAAAAAUAUCGAGACAAAACAACUUUAGCUAGUUAAAGCUAGACUUAAAUCCUUUUUUGCCGCCAAAAAGCCAGCACUUUUCGCUACUGCUAGUGGGCUAUAACAUAUAGCGUAGUAGUAGCUCAACUAAUCAGAACGCAGCAUUGAUAAUAGACCACUAGUUGGAUUUUACUAAUUCUGAUAAGUCGCGAUGCCAAGGGAAAAGAAUCACAACUUAAGUGGCCCAGGAUACUCUCACUUAGUUGAUGAUCUAAACAUGAAAUCCGGUACUAAAGCUGUAAACCAGCAAAUGUUAGAUUCUGUCUGCAAUGUUCUAAAAAUGCGUCAGGUCCUAUGUUAAGGGUUUGUUUGAGUCUUACGGUAGCCAUUUAUUUAUACGGCAGGUGAAGUUUCCUCUGACAUGUAUACCAGAACCUGGGACAUUUGUCUGUGUGCCUGAAAUUGUUGGUGGCCACAAAGACUCAUACAGAGCUCAAGUUCUUUCAACCGAGCAUGCUACUGAUGGAAGCUUUAGGGCUCACGUGUUUGCUGUGGACAAUGGCUUUACUACAAAGGUGUCUGGGAAUUGCUUGUAUGUUUUACCAGAGGAGUUGCUGGACAUUGCCCCACAGGUAUGCUUCCUUAUAUGAACGAAACCUAACUGAAAUCUAAAAUAACGUGCGUCUUCAGCCCCCUGUGUCCAGGGGUCGUUUCUCGAUAAUCUCGGAAACUUUUUAUGUCCGCAAAGUUGUUUUACGUUUAACGCGUUUACGUUUAAGAUCAGGGUUAUAAUAGUUUUAAAAAUGAUACCAUAAAAUUGUUACUUAAAGAAAUAAAAUUAACUGGUUUGUGAGCUAGGAACCGUGCUCGGGCUCGAGAAUUUACCAGGACGUUCGAGAAACGGGUCCAAGGUCUUUUCAUCCUUUUUCAGCGUCAAAAAUGAAAAAUGGAAAUAUUCAUAAACUGAAAUUUCCUUUAAACUCCUUAAGCUCUAGCUAAAAAUAUAUUCUCAGAGGCUUUUUCUAUAAACCUCCUUAGCUUGUAUGUUUUGUUUUUCCAGUAGAAGUUCGAGGGCAACCUGACCCAUUGUCUUUUCAUGAAUUAUGCGUAGAUAUUUUUCAUGCACUUGAAUAAGACAAAAUGUGAAAGAAACACUUCCCUAGAGUAUCAUCAGUUUAUCAGUAUAUUUAUCUUAAAUAUAACAUUUCCUUAUUAACUUUCAACUCUCAGGCAACCUUGUGCUGCUUGUCUGGAAUUCAAGCCCCACCAAAAAAUGCUGAAGUGCUGGAACAUGUUGCUGGUAAUGAAUAUUCCGUCUUUUUAAUAUUGGAUUUAUUUCCAUGUAAAAUUAAGUUAAUUUAUUCUCUUUCCUAAAAGUUUUAUUGUCGACGUCUGUUUUGUUAUUCGAACUGGAAGACUAUACCAACUGUAAGAGCAGCAUUAAGCAUGUAUAGAUGCCGAGUACGGCUGCAGGAAAAGCGAGUGUAAUAAUACUAAGGCGAAUCAUAGGCUUGAUUCUUUAAUUCUAGUCGUAAGGUGUUCUUUAACUGCAAAGGUAAAAAUUUCAUUGGUCAUGUAUUCUUUGCCAAUAAAAGUUAUUUGACCAAAAAGCCUAAAUAAGGCAAUUUGUCUUGAAUUACGUAUACGCAGGGAACUGCUUCGUGCAAGAUCAAAUGUGUAAGCCUGUAACCUGACUGGACAUCCAACGAAAUUUUAUUUUUCUCUUCAAAAGAUGGAUAUCCCUAUUCGCUGGAUAAAUCUCUUUCCAGCUCAUGGUGCAAUUAGUUUCCCUAUAACUUGUUCUUUGGAUAGUGAUUUAUCCGGUUGAUAACGCUUACCAACUUUUGAACAACCAAGACUUGCACAAUAAGCAAAUCAUUAUAUAAAGAAGUCUUUAUGCGAGAAAUUAACCCAACUAUCACCUUUGUUUAAGGUGUUCUAAGAAAUCUGACGCAAGAAAAUAACUCUCAUCGUCUUUAUGUUGCUGCUCAAUCUGGUCUGGAGCUUCUUGUCAAGGUGAGAUCAUCUUAGAUGUUACUUCAUGUUCGAUGCAUCUUGUUGAUAUGGACAUACCACUACAGGAGCGUUUUGUGUAAGGCAUAAGUUAAUGAAUUCAGCAUAAAUUUAACCUAAAACAGCAUUAUCCUCGUGACGUAGCCCCAUUUAGGCCCACGUAAACAAAAAAUGGCAACAGAGACGAAGAUGUGCUAAUCGCAACACCUUAUAGACCUCUUUUGUAAUGGCGGCCUAUUAAAUAAAUAUACCGCAAAAUUCCGAAAAUAAGCCCCGGGGCUUAGAUUUUUCAAAGGCCCUUUUUAAGGGGCUUAUUUUUGGAGGGGCUUAUCUACGGAGGGAAAUUUGCGUUUCAAAACCGAUUGGGUUAGCCUCAUAGUUGGAAACCGUUUUUUCUUUUUUUUACUUUGUAUUUGAGAGCAAUUUUCCGAGUACAAGCCUCCGAGGGGCUUAUAUUUGGAGGGGCGAUUUAACGGAGGGCUUUUUUGCGUUAACGGUUUGGGAGGCUUAUAUUUGGAGGGGCUUAUACAUGGAGGGGCCUAUUUUCGGAAUUUACGGUAUUCUUUUAUCAAUGAUGUAUGAUAACUAGCCUUUGUGACCUCGUUAGCAUGUGAAAAAUACAAAAGAAUUCUUACUUUCAAACCUGGUCAGAAAGGCUAAUUAUCAUACGUAUUAAAAAAAUAAGCCGCCAUUAUGAAAAAGGUCUAUAGCAAGUCCUUUUCGCUUCUGAGUAGAACGGUUUUUAAUUUUAAUCGAAGUAGAAGUUUGACAUCUUAAUGUCACUGAGAGCCAAGAGUUCUUUGGCAUUGAGGUUGGGCGUUAAGACUGCAUGGCUUAAUCGGCUUUGCCCCCACCUCAGCUGGGGAGAGUGACUCUAAUUUUUAAAUUUCGUCCACCUUUUUUAUGGUAACUUCUGCUGCUUUUAUUAUCCUGUCAGCUAUGCACCAUACCAAACAGAAACGUCUGUAAGCAGGCAGCUGGCGCGAUUGUUAAUCUUGCCAUGAAUACCAAAGUUCAAGUAAGAAUCGGCUUUCUUGGAGGGAUUCAAGUUCUUCUUGGUAAGGAUAUUUCAUAG